GUCAAGGUGGGUGUGUCCCGAUACUUCGAAGGUUUGAUGACACGGAGCCGGAUGCCUCACACGCAGAGUAGAUAGCCAUGGGGAAGACAGGUGGAAGAGGCGACUUUGAAUGGGUCUACACUGACCAGCCGCACACUUCAAGAAGAAAGGAAAUUCUGGCCAAAUAUCCACAGAUCAAGUCUCUGAUGGGUCCAGACCCCCAGUUGAAGUGGGUGGUAUCGGGCAUGGUCCUGACCCAAUUCCUGGCCUGCUUCCUGGUCCAGGACCUCUCCUGGAAAUGGAUCUUCUUCUGGGCCUAUGCAUUUGGAGGCUGUAUUAAUCACUCCCUGACUCUGGCUAUCCACGACAUCUCCCACAACGUGGCUUUUGGUAACAAGCUGGCGAAGUGGAACCGCUGGUUCGCCAUGUGGGCCAACCUACCCAUCGGGCUGCCCUACUCUGCCGCCUUCAAAAAGUACCACAUCGACCACCACCGGUAUCUUGGAGGGGACCAGCUUGAUGUUGACAUACCUACAGACUUUGAGGGAUGGUUCUUCUGCACCCCAGCCAGGAAGAUCCUCUGGCUCUUCCUCCAGCCAUUAUUCUACGCCCUGCGCCCAUUAGUGGUCAACCCAAAGCCAGUCGGUCGGCUUGAGAUCCAGAAUGCAAUGGUUCAGCUUGUAGUAGACCUAAUUAUCUACUAUUUAUGGGGGGUGAAGCCCAUCGUUUACCUCAUUGCAGGAUCUAUCUUGGGUAUGGGACUGCAUCCGAUCUCUGGUCAUUUCAUAGCUGAGCACUACAUGUUCCUUAAAGGACAUGAGACCUAUUCCUACUAUGGAGCGUUGAACUUGAUUACCUUCAAUGUUGGGUAUCACAUGGAGCACCACGACUUUCCCAGCAUACCCGGCAGUAAGCUACCUCAGGUCAAGGAAAUCGCAGCCGAGUAUUACGACUCCCUGCCUCAACACACUUCCUGGAGCCGUGUAUUGUGGGACUUUGUGUUUGACGACAGCAUCGGGCCCUAUUCCAGAAUCAAACGGGAGUACAAGCUGAGCAAACAGGAAUAGAUCUCCGAUUGAUUGAUUGAUCUGCUAAGCAAGAAUGUGAAUUGUAGUUGUCAGACGUCGGCUAACCACAACAGAAAGUCUAGUUUUGUUGCAUAGUGUGGAUGUUACCAUACGUAAGCCCAAUAACAUGUUUGACAUUGUUAUCUAA